UCAAAAGUUACUAUUGCAUAAUUGAAGUUGCACGAGUUAGAAAAUUGUUGAUAAAAAAAGAAGCGAUGUACAGCAGUUGGACUUGGUUUGAAGCAUAUGUCUGCCUGCUGCACUAGCUCGCUCGCUCUGGCAUGAAGAUCAAGCACGCGCUCGCAGCUGCCAUAUUCUUAUGUAAUUGUUUGCAGUAGCUGCAGGCUAAAUAAAUUUGGAACCAUGAACAUAGUAUGGCCAAGGCUUCUAACCCCCUCGCACCUCAUUCAGCUAAUUAGGAACCAGAGAAACCCAUUGACAGCUCUCCAAAUCUUCAAUGAAGCAAAAUCCAAAUUCCCCAACUACCAUCACAACGGUCCUGUCUAUGCCACCAUGAUCAACAUCCUUGGAAGCUCAGGCCGAACAGCUGAGAUGAAAGAAGUGAUUUGCCAGAUGAAAGAGGAUUCCUGUGAGUGCAGAGAUUUGGUCUUUGCAAGUGCAAUCAAGAGCUAUGCAAAAGCUGAGUUGGUGCACGAAGCCAUCUCUUUGUUUAGAAGCCUUCCCCAAUUCAAUUGUGUAAAUUGGACAGAGUCUUUCAAUACCCUUUUGCAAAUAAUGGUCAAAGAAUCUGAGCUAGAAACCGCUCAUCAUCUUUUCUUAGAGAAUUCUCAUGGUUGGGAAGUGAAGUCUCGGACUCGUUCUUUGAAUUUACUUAUAGGUGCUCUCUGUCAGAGCAAUCGUUCUGACCUUGCAUUGCAAGCUUUCCAAGAAAUGAAUUAUAUGUGCUGUUAUCCAGAUAAAGAAACUUAUCGGAUUCUGAUGAGAGGUUUGUGUGAAGAUGGGAGGCUAAAUGAGGCCACCCAUUUGUUGUACUCCAUGUUUUGGAGAAUCUCUCAGAAGGGCAGUGGUGAGGAUAUUGUAGUUUAUAGAACCCUAUUAGAUGCUUUAUGUGACCAUGGACAGGUCCAAGAAGCUGUGGACAUUCUCGACAAGGUUCUAAGGAAAGGUCUUAAGGCUCCUAAGCGAUGCCGCAAACAUCUUGAUCUUUACCAGUGCCAUAGCGAUGGGGACAUGCAAGGCGUUAAGGUUUUGAUCCAUGAAGCUUUGAUCAAAGGUUUGGUUCCCAACUCUGAUUGUUACAGUGCAAUUGCUGUUGAUCUUUACUCUGAAGGUAAGGUCACUGAGGCUAACAAAGUACUGUACGAAAUGAAUGAUAAAGGCUUUAGACCAUCAAUUGUGAUUUAUGAAGCUAAGGUAGCUGCUUUGUGCAAGGAAGGUCAGGUUGAUGACGCAAUAAAAGUAAUUGAAGGCGAUAUGGUGGACGGGAAUUGUGUUCCCACUGUUGGGUUAUAUAAUACUGUAAUAAAAGGACUGUGCUAUGAAAGGAAAUCUGAUUUGGCUGUUAAGUAUUUGGAGAAGAUGGGUAAGCAGGUAGGUUGCGUUCCUGACAAGGAGACUUACGCCAUUUUAGUUGAUGGUCUAUGUUAUGAUGGUAGAUUUCUGGAAGCUAGCCAGAUUUUGGAAAGGAUGUUAAUUAAAUCAUAUUGGCCUAGUCUUGCCACCUAUAAUACACUUAUCCAGGGUCUUUGCGUCACAGGUAGGCUAUAUAAAGCUGUUAUGUGGUUGGAGGAGAUGGUUAGCGAAGGUAAGAUACCAGAACAUUCUGUCUGGGAUGCAUUAGUAACUUCUCUCUGUUCUGACAUGGUUGUUACUGACUUUUUCUCUGCAAUGCUUAAGCAAGUAAAGAGACCGUCUUGAUGGUUUGUAUGGUGCAGUUUUUCCUUUUUCUUUUCAUCUUAUUUCUUUUCUUUUCUUUUUCUUUUUGUGUGUGUAUCAGCUCAGGAACAUUUUCAAUGUAUCAGAUUUCCUCAGAUUUAUUUUCUUAUUAUUUUUCACUGCAAUGUGUUGCAGUCAAUUUGUUCUUGUACAUUAGUUAAGAAUGCAUCUCUGUUACUUUCCAACCAAUGUUUUACAA